AUGCGUCUCACAAGCUGCGCCGAGGGUCUGGGUCGCCAAAGUGAGGCAGACGCCCGAACGGGUCUCUCUCGCCCAUUGCUGGAAGAGUCCCGGUCUCUUUUUCAGUGUUACAUUAAUGAAGAGGAGCGAGAAGGAGGCAGGGCCACUGCUGGUGCUGCCCACGGACGUACGGGCAGCGGCGACUCCAGAGACCAGGUGGAAACGGUCGGACUAGUCGUGCAAAAUAUGGUCAUGGAGACCAGGGCAGAACGAGAGGCGACGCUCCUGGCGCAUUUUAACAUCCCCAACUUUGUGAACUCAGAACUGAGCUCUGCAUUGGGGGAUGAAGAUUUACUACUGGGCGAUCCACCAAUCAUAAUGGAGGAGGCCCGUCCGCGCUGUACCCAUCAUAUCAUUGACUAA